UUCAAGUUCCCUAGCUAGCUCGCAGCUUGCCCCAAGCUUGCCCCAAGCUGAACCCUAUCCAUGGUCAUGUUCAAGCUUCUUGCAAUCACAUGGGCCGCUUCCACUUCAGGCGUUGACUGCCAAGGUGAUGAUUGCGAUGCUUCGUCCUUUGCCCAACUUCAAGUCAAGCGGGCAGGGAUUCCCAUCCGGUCGACGGAGCAAACCGAUCAGAAGCAAACCACCAAGGUGCAAGCGGCAGCUUGCGCCAACUGGCCUGAGUGUGGGCAGGAAAACUCCUGCAACGGAUGCAAGAAGACGGUUGAUACCAAGGGUACCCAUGCUAAGUAUCUGGAUUGCGGCCCGAACUCAUGUUCGAACUCUGCUUUUGAGUUGGCCGGUGCUUCCAGCGUUGGGCCAAUGGUGAUGUGUUUUAAAGGUAAUUCUUGUCACGACUCCACCUUUACGGGGUUGACCCACAUGAGUUGUGACAGUCUCGACUUCAAUUCCGUUUCCGUAUGCAAGGACAGUUCACUGGCAUUCUUCUCCACUGAGUUCAAGGCGCCUCUCAGCCUUUAUUGCGGCCAUAAUGGCUGCGAGGGUGUGUCUGUGACCGCCAGCAAUAACUUGCGCCUUACCGUUACCAUCGACCAUGAGUCGGGCAGCCCGCCGAAGAGCAUCAAGAUGUCAGAAGGCUGUUUGGUGCUGAAGUGCAACAAGGAGGACUGCAUGCUCAGCCGCCAAAUACUCCAGAUUGACUUGCAGCUGGGAAGCAAGGCGAGCUGCAUGGCAGUGAACUAUGGGGACAAACUGCCCGCGGCUUGUCAAGACAAGAAGGCCCUCUCUUGUGGGACAGACCUCGCGGCAUGAGAUCUUUACCCAAGAGGCAAGAGCUCCCAAGCAUUCGAUCAUAUUAUAUUCGAUCUCUUUUUGAUCUUUGUUGCUUUCGGGCUCUGCGCGCUGCCUGCAUGUCUUGAUAUCUCCCUACCCGAAGACUGUAUAGCACGCCAUGAUAUGCGGUAAACUUUCCAGCAACAGCACUGUGACCAAUGAGUAGCAGUGUGGAGAGCUAAAA